UCUUUUAUCAAUCCGGUCAGUUGAGCGUCGGAUCUUCUUGGCUGCAGAACGAACGAAAUCUUCGUCGCGGGUCGCGGGAUCCAUUGUUCUCCUGUCGUGAUCGGAGGAGUUUUUUUUUGUGAAACGUGUGCAUACUUUAAGGGGAUAAUAGCUGAUUGAUUUUUUGUGAUCGGAGUUUGAUAAAUCAGCACAUAAAGCUCCCGGUGUGGGAGAUAAGUGGGGCAGAAGGGUUUUGUGAAGAAGUUCAAGAGUGCUGUUCAUUGAGGAUCGUGCAGUUUAUGAAAGAGCGCAAAAAUGACGGGUUUAAGUGUUGACGAUGUGAAGAUUUCUCUGCAAAAGUUUGGGCUGUACGAUUAUGUGGUGUUUGUGCUUAUGUUGGCCAGUUGUGCCAUGAUUGGGGUGUAUUUUGGGUUUAUAAAGAAGAAAGCCAAAAAAGGGGAUGGUGAGGCGGAUUACCUUGUUGGUGGAAGGCAGAUGAGUGUUAUUCCCGUUUCGCUGUCACUGAUUGCCAGUUUUAUUUCCGGCAUCUCGCUGCUGGGAACCCCAACGGAAAUCUACGUGUACGGAAUCCAGUACAUGUACAUUGUUGGCGGCGUCGUCUCGAUGGGCUUCAUCAUGAUGUACAUCUACCUGCCGGUGUUCCACAACUUGCAGCUUACCUCCACCUAUCAGUAUCUCCAAACGAGGUUCGACAAACGAAUGCGACUAUUUGGAUCGGUACUUUUUACGUUUGCCACGAUGGCCUGGUUGCCCAUUGUGAUCUACGUUCCGGCGUUGGCCUUCAAUCAGGUGACGGGCGUGAAUGUCCAUCUGAUUACGCCGCUGGUUUGCGUGAUUUGCAUUUUCUACACGUGCGUCGGUGGGCUGAAGGCCGUCGUUUGGACUGACGUCGUCCAGACUGUGAUGAUGUUUGGGGCGAUGCUUCUGAUUAUAAUCAAAGGGACACUCGAUGUUGGAGGACUGGAUGUGGUGAUCGAUCGAGCCAUGGCUAGUGGACGGAUUGAACUUCCGGAUUUGCGAUUCGAUAUGACCACGAGGCAUAACAUCUACUCAUGCGUUAUUGGCGGCGUCAUCUACUGGCUUAAAACGAACGCUGUCAGCCAGAACAUGAUCCAGCGAUAUCUUUCUCUGCCGACGCUGAAGGACGCCAAUCGAGCCUUGUGGACGUUCAUCGUUGGAACUUUGUUCCUACUAGGUCUGUGCUGUUAUAGCGGCCUUUUGAUCUACGCGAAGUACUACGAUUGUGAUCCCUUGACUACAAAAUUGGCCAAAGCAAAGGAUCAACUGCUGCCUCUGCUAGUCAUGGACACCUUAGGAGACUUCCCGGGACUUCCGGGACUCUUCGUAGCCGGAGUGUUUAGUGCAGCACUCAGCUCCCUGUCUACCGGAUUGAACUCGAUGUCGGCCGUGGUCUUGGAAGAUUUUUUCAAACCCUUCUCAAAUCGACCGCUGAGUGAGAGGGCUACUGCGAUCAUCAUGCGAUCAGUUGUGGGAGUUUUUGGAGUCAUCUGCGUCUGUCUGGUGCUUGUGGUCGAAAAGCUUGGUGCCGUUCUUCAACUGUCGAUGAGUUUGGGAAGCGUAAGUAAUGGACCUCUUCUGGGGAUCUUCACUCUCGGAGUAUUGAUCCCAUGGGCCAAUGGAACUGGUGCGAUUGUGGGAGGAACGAUCGGGUUGGUUGUGAUGGCGUGGAUUUGCUUUAAGGCACAGAUCGCCAUCGCCACUGGAGAAAUGACGUUCGAAACCAAGCCGGUGGAUACGCAGGGUUGUAGCUAUCACUUUAUAGCGUCUGAACCGAUGAGUAUGCUGGCGAUGAACACGACGACGACGUCCACUCAAGCGACGCCGGCGAGUGAACCUGAAUUCGCCCUCUACCACAUCUCCUAUCUGUGGUACACCCUGAUGGGGGCCCUUAUAACGAUGGUCAUUGCCGUGAUAGUUUCCUUCAUCGUCGGAGCCAACGACCCCUACAAGAUGAACCCAAAACUGUUUUCGCCUUGCGUGGAGCGGAUGCUGGAUCGUCGGAGGGACAAGAAAAAGCCGGCUGAAGACAACGAACCUCGCCUAGAAGUUCUAGAAACCAGACACUAAGUAACAACUAGUCAGUAUUAGUUUGUUCUUUAAUUUCGUUUUUUGUAGGAUCUCUCUCUCGAAUUCUUCAAUUUGUAAAACGAGAAUUACUAGUAUUGUAAGGAAAAAUUGUUGUCAGAGAUAUUUGAAUAAAACUGUCCCCAAUCUGAGUAGAUUUAUGCUACGGUCACACAAUAUGGACAGCACCCACUUUUGACUCCAAGUCGAUGCCAUAAAUCUCGCCAAAAUAUCACCAACGGACUUCAAACAAGAAAAAGUUCGUUUGAAAAGGAUAGGCAAAGUACCAAGUGCAAGGAAAGAAAA